CGACAUUCAUCGGAUUUCACAACAUUUACCAUCAGUAGUGGCUAUGGCAAAAAAGAAGGGAAAAGGUUCAAAGGGCAAGGGUAGCGGUGGUCGCGAUGAUUCCGCGUGGGCACGCACUGAUGUGAUUGAACGGCAACACAUGCACAACGAACGAUUCGAAAAAUAUUACAAGGCGCAGAACAUCCUUCCUGACGAGGAAUGGGAGCCGUUCCUCAAUGCUAUGCGGGAUCCAUUGCCCACUACGUUCCGUGUAGCCGGUAGUCGCCAGGCUGCGCGACUCCUGAACGAUAUCAUCAAAGACGUUCAUGUGCCUCACUUAGGUGAUGUUGUCUUCGAAGGAGAGGCGGUGUCUCCGCCACAGCAAAUACCUUGGUAUCCGGAUGGACUGGCGUGGCAGUUCAACGUGGCGAAGAAGGUCCUGAGGAAAUCUCCCGAGUUCAAGAAGUUCCAUUCUUUUCUUGUCUUUGAGACGGAAGUCGGAAAUGUCUCUCGACAGGAAGCGGUCAGCAUGCUACCGCCCCUGUUCCUCGAAGUAGAGCCUCAUCACAGAGCCAUGGACAUGUGCGCAGCGCCCGGUUCCAAGACCGCGCAACUGCUCGAAGCCCUUCACGCGCACGACACGAUCACCGCCUCUUCCAUCCCGUCCGGGCUCCUCAUUGCGAACGACUCGGACUACAAGCGCACGCACCUGCUCAUCCACCAAUCCGCGCGCCUGCCCUCGCCCGCGCUGAUGGUCACGAACCUCGACGCGUCGAUCUUCCCCGCGAUCAAGAUCCCGUCCGAGCUCACAACGUUCUCUGCCGACACCAAGGCCCGCGUCGCCGCGAAGAAGCAGUACCAGCUCCUUUUCGACAGGAUCCUGUGUGAUGUGCCGUGCAGCGGGGAUGGGACGCUGAGGAAGAACCCUGGGAUCUGGAAGCACUGGUCGCCGAUGGACGGCAAUGGGCUGCAUAGCCUGCAGCUUCGGAUCCUCCAGCGGGCCAUGCGCAUGCUGAAGAAGGGUGGGCGCAUUGUCUACUCGACGUGCUCGCUCAACCCGGUCGAGAACGAGGCUGUGGUCGCCGCCGCGCUCAAGUCCAUCCCAGGUUUCGAGCUGGUGGACAUGUCCAAUCACCUGCCGGGGCUCAUCCAUCGCCCGGGUUUGACCUCGUGGAAGCCGACCGUGAGCAAGGAGAUCAACACUGAGUUCGCGACGUACCAGGAUUAUGUACAGUCCCUGAACGACUCGCAGCGCGCCAGCAGCAAGGUGUUCGAGUCGCAUUGGCCGCCUUCUGCUGAGGAGGCGGAGAACCUGGGACUCACUCGCUGUCUCCGCAUUUAUCCUCAUUUGCAGGAUACGGGGGGCUUUUUCAUCGCUAUCCUACAUAAGAAGCCUCCUGUUAGGGCACCUCCGGCACCUACGAAACGGACUGCGGAUGCCGUUGAGGGGCUAGAUACGGCCGAUGCCAAGAAGCCCAAACUGGACACAGAGGCGGACGCUAAGGACGCUGAGGGACAACAAGCCGACGACGCAGACGAGGAACUCCCUGAGGAGGCGGCUGGUGAACCGACGUCCGCCAUAGAGAUUGAUCAGCCUAUCUCUGCCAAUGCUGCACCAGCGGAGCCGAAGAUCCGGUUCAAGAAAGGCAAGACGGCGGAGGGCGCCAGUGCGCACUUUAAGGAAAACCCGUACACGUUCAUAGAACCAGAUGACCCUAUUGUCAAGGCGUGCAUCGACAGCUUCGACCUCAGCUCGGACUUCCCCUCCUCCAACAUGCUCGUGCGCAAUCCGGCAGGAGACACGGUUCGUUCGCUCUACAUGGUGAACGACAUCGUGAAGAGCAUCGUGAAGCACAAUGACUACGCGCGCAUCCGACUCAUGACUAGCGGCACCAAAGUAUUCGGCAAGCAGGAGGGCACCGAGGCCAAGCGUGAUGGUGUCGAAUCGCACUUCCGCGUGCUCGCAGAGGGCCUUCCGGUUGUUCUCCCCUUCGUCGGGCCCAGGGCAGUCGUCCACGCCGACUUCGCGGCGCUCCGGGUUCUCAUGGAGGCCUACUACCCGCUCACAUCCGGCUUCGCAGACCCCUUCCGAUCAACGAUAGAGGCGAAAGCCAACGGAAGCUACGUCGUCCGCUUUCAGCCCGGCAAGUUAGAAGGCGCUACGCUCGCGCACGAACUGGUGUUGCCAAUCUGGAAGUCGAACGUGUCUGUCACGCUCAUGCUGGAUAAGCGGGCGAAAAGCGCGUUGAGUCUGCGGAUCUUCGGGGAAGACAUUACUUCCGCCGCCCGGGAUGCAGCCGCCAGAAGGAUUCAAAAGAGUGAGGCAACCCCUGAGGUCGCCGUCGAUGCAUCGGUCCAGGAGGACGAUAAUGUGGACGCCUCGGACGUAGUUCCGGGUGUCGUUGAUGAAGCAUGAUUGUGAACGCGUCGACUAUCUCCAUCGCGAGUCUAGUCUGACUGUAUUCCCUAGAUCAGUAUCGGCGUAGAGAACAACUGAUUAUGUUGUACACCGGGCACAGGAUGCUACAUAUAAGUGAUGAUCAUAAAAGACAAAAGUCCUAUAGCAUUGGCGCGUGGAAGACGCGGGUGUUACAAUACAGACAGUACGGCACGGUAAAUAGCUAAUCACAAGCACAACAUGAUCCUGAUAGCAAUAUGACAUUCGAAAGAGAAACAAUGAUCUAAGACGUCUCCGAAGGCUGUGGAUGGAGCCGAGCGUUGACCUUGGAGCGGUGCUGACGAUUUUUGAGAUGGACCUCGAAGUUCUGGAGAGACUCUCCCGGCCCCGGUGUAUAAUGCUUGCCAGGACAGUCGGCGCACUUGAUCCGGAACUCAUAUAUGCCACUAGUUGCGUUCUUGCGAAUGACGGCCUCGAAGUUGUCGUCCGGAUACUUGGCUUGCAUCGCCGCCAUCGAGUCCGAAAGCCACUGAGGAGUCGCGAG